UAGUGGGGCGCGGGCAGGGCGCCUGACGUGUAUCUUCAUCAUCAGCUAGUGAGGAGCGCACGGUGACACUUUAUCGCGCUCUCCUCUCUCGCGCUCUCUCAUUCCGACUCGAGCGCUGUGCCAUGCGAGCGCGUGCGUCUUCGCGUGCCAACCUCGCGUGCGCUCGGAGCGUCGGACCCCGGCGCGAUGCGGGAAGUAUAACGAGAGCUCAGAUGUUUGGAGGUUCUCCACUGGAUUGUUGGUAAAUGUUCCUGCCCCACUCUCUGACGACCAUGCUUUAUUUCCAGCUGGUGAUCAUGGCGGGGACGGUCAUGCUGGCAUAUUACUUCGAGUACACGGACACGUUCAACGUGCACGUGCAGGGCUUCUUCUGCUACGAGAUCGCGUACACGAAACCCUACCUCGGACCCGAGGACACAAGCGCCAUCCCGCCCGCCCUGCUGUACGCGGUGGUCUCCGGGGUCCCCACGCUGCUGAUCACCGUGACAGAAACGGUGUUGUUCUUGAUACAGUACACAUCGAAAGAUCUCGACAGUCGAGAGAAGACCAUGGUGACCGGGGACUGCUGUUACCUCAACCCAUUAGUGCGGAGGACUUUCCGUUUCCUUGGUGUAUACAUGUUUGGUCUUUUCACCACAGACAUCUUCGUGAACGCUGGUCAGGUGGUAACGGGGAACCUGGCCCCUCAUUUUCUAACAGUGUGUAAGCCAAACUACACAGCUCUGGGUUGCCAGCAAGCUCUUCGCUACAUCAGCCAUCAGGAAGCCUGCACUGGCAAUGAAGACGACAUCCUACGAGCCCGCAAAACCUUCCCUUCCAAAGAGGCGGCGCUCAGCGUGUACGCUGCUGUCUACAUGGCUAUGUACAUCACAUUUACAGUGAGAGCCAAAGGAACUCGUCUGGCUAAACCAGUCAUGUCUUUGGGCUUGAUGUGCCUGGCUUUCCUUACGGGUAUUAACAGGGUGGCAGAGUAUCGUAAUCACUGGUCUGACGUCAUCGCUGGCUUUAUCAUCGGUGUGGCCAUCGCUACCUUUCUAGUGGUGUGUGUGGUCCAUAACUUCAAAGGCAAACAACUGCUGAACGAGGAUCCCCCACAGGACCCACUAAGCAACGAUCCGAUGGUCAACUCGCCCAGGGUUGAGAGUCCACUGGAGAAGUACAUCGCUUCACAGAAUCACAUCGCCUUCGCUGAGAUCACGUGACCAUGAUUCGCCGGUGUGGCAGACACAUUGGACAUCCACGCUGUUUACUGUCCAGUCUCGAUAGUCCCGGCUCAACGUGCACGCAGUGGUCAUUUUCUCUAUAGUGUCGUUUUGGAUCGCUCUGCCCUUGCUUUGUGUGUGUGUGUGUGUGUGUGUGAUGAAAUAUUGGUCCUAUCAAUUAAUAACUGUUACCAUCACGCAACUAAUGACUGAAGCUGCACUUCACAUUUUCCCGACCGGUUCUGUUGGCUUUCUUGCAAAACAAUCUUUCAUCUAGAGCUCAGAAUAUCUCUGCUGCUCUCGUAUGUGGAGAAGCGUAUGUGUCUGUGUUUGCAUUUGAAAGGUUUAUGGCAGGUGGAUGCAAAUACCUGCACUUGGAAUUCAAAAUGGACUUAACUUGUAGUUGUGGAAAUUUUCGUUGUCAUAUAUUCCUGAAAAUGUUUAUUCCUAUAUUAUUUUUUCUCAUUUAGUGCUUGCAUUGGAUGAGUGCAAACAUUUGGAAGCAUAUUUCUGCCUCAGAGUAAAAAAGAAGAAAAAAAAGGUUAUUAUGAGUUUAUUUCUUGGAACAUUAAUUUCACAAUUUGAUUUCUCAAGUCACAUGUGUCUCAUUAUUGUGAUUUUAUGUCUCUCAAUAUCUCAAUUUUGUAACUUCAACUUUUUAAUCAAAUAGUGACUGAAGUCUCAAUUUGUUAAUUUAUACCUUACAACUGCAUCUUUUUUCUCAUAAUUGUGAUUUUAAUAUCUCACAAUUGAAAAUGUAUUUCUCUUACCUGUGAUUUAAUAUCUCACAAUAUGACUUUCUCUUAAUUGCAACAUUAUAUCUCACAAUUGUACCUAAAGUCUCAAAAUUCCUUAUAACUGCAACUAUAUAUUUUACAACUUUAAGUAUGCUUUUAUCACACAAAUUAAGUUUAUUUUCCUUCAUUUUAGCUUAAUAUCUCUGAAUCACAAAUGUAUUUAUCUUCAUUAUGAUCUCACUGUGACUUUAUUUCUCAAAUAGUGACUAUUCCUGAUGGUUAUGUCUUUUAUUUUUCACUCUGAGGCAGAAUUGGGCUUCCAUACAUACAUACAUAAAUACACUGUGUCCACAAAAAUAAGGCAGAAAAUAAGCUAAAAAUAUCUGUUGA